CCCACAGGGCAUGAUAAGAAUAGGGAGAGGCGGCUCUCAGGGCGACUUAAGCGAUGGAAAGGUUAACGGGAAGAAGAGUUUACGACUCGUCCCGGCCCCUCCUUCCUCGCUUAUUAUCCCGCUAGUGUGAGGAUCAACUCAUUGGGAUCAAGUCGCUGAAUUUGCCCAGCGGGUGAACUUUUCCGUGGCUGGCUUUCUGCUAGGAGAACGUCGCGUGGAUCCGGCAUCAGAACAUUGCUCCAAGAAGUGAAGAUGCUCCUACACCUGCAGCAAAACACAAACCAAUAUUAAGCUAAAAAUGCUUAAAAAUAUAAAGUCCCUGUGAAUAUUCCAUCAUGUUUUGCUUGACCCGGCUCAUCUGCUUUUCCAUCAUCAAGCAGAGGAUCAUCCGCCUCUUGUUUCUGGCCUUGGUCCUCUUCACGCUGAUGGUGCUCAUCUUCAGUAAUAUACGGUGGCUCCCUGGGAAACUGGCGAGGUCAACCAUACAAAUACAGAACGCCCUGGCCAAUCUGUCUGCUAGGGUUCAACUCAACACGCCACCGGCAAAGAAUCGCACCUCCACUCUGCCUCCUCUGAUUACAAAUGCUCCAAUGGAGACAAGACCAAGCAAAGAUCCUCAGAAAAGAGUUCAUACGUACGGGUACGUCAUCAACGAACCCGAUAAAUGUAAAGACAUCGACCCGUUCCUUAUCCUGCUCAUUACUGUGGAAAGGUGGCAGAAGCAAGCUCGGCAAGCCAUCCGGAUCACGUGGGGAAAGGAGGACUUCCUACCUGGAGUCAGGAUACUGCGGCUGUUUUUGUUAGGCAAGGACCUGGAUUGGAAUGACGAAGGCCAAAGGUCUCUUGUUGAAGAAAGCCAGAUGUUUCAUGACAUCAUUCUACAUGAUUAUUUGGACACCUACUACAACCUGACCACAAAGGUCAUCAACGGGCUCAACUGGAUUUCCACAUAUUGCCCCAACGCCUCAUACGUCAUGAAAACGGACAGCGACAUGUUCGUCAACACCGAACAUUUAGUCUACCGCGUCCUGAAACCAGAUGGGCCUCCAAGACUGAAUUAUUUUACUGGACAUUUGAUGACCAAUGGAAUGCCUAUUCGGAACCUGGAUAGCAAGUGGUAUGUUCCCCCUGAAGAAUACCCGGAAGAGAGUUAUCCGUUGUUUUGCUCCGGGACUGGCUACGUGUUCUCUGGCGACCUGGCGCGUAAGAUCGUCCAAGUCUCCCCAAAUGUUACUUGGAUCCGUCUCGAGGACGCCUUUGUUGGCCUUUGUCUCGACAAGUUGGGGGUUCUGCCAGUGGCCCCACCGAAGAACUCUGACUUCAGUCCCUUGAGAGUUGGCUACUCAGACUGUGACUACAACCAGAUUGUUACGUCUCAUUUAUUCAGUCCGGGGGACCUCAUGUAUUUUUGGAACAGGUUACAGCAAAAUAAAUAUACAUGUGUCCUAAACCAAUAGACACGAGCCAUUGGAUAGCCAGCAAUAGCCUUCGAUGGCCUUAUUUUAACCACUUUCAGUUCUGAGUAUUUUUUAAGCAGAGGCCCUAGAGAAUAAAAUAGUGUGGGGGGG